CAGAGUGGCCGACCGAAGAGGAGUGAAACCGAGAGCCCACCCAGGACUGCGGCGUGCCGCGCAGCGAAGGAGCUGGUGCACGCAGGCAGUGAGCGCAGGUCCUCUCGGCCUCUCGGCGCGCCCUGCAGCCGCACUCCAUGCUCCGGCCGCGUCCGGGCCACUCGCCCCGUCGCUGACGGCGCCCGCCGCCCCGGGCAGCACCCAUGCACGGCGCGCUCCGAGAGUCGUAGGCUGCAGCUGCGCCGCGGCUCCGGGUCCGGCGGGGGCGCCGCGGCCGUGGGGGGCGUCAAUGGAUCGCCAUUCCAGCUACAUCUUCAUCUGGCUGCAGCUCGAACUCUGCGCCAUGGCCGUGCUGCUCACCAAAGGUGAAAUCAGAUGCUACUGUGACGCUGCCCACUGCGUAGCAACUGGCUAUAUGUGUAAAUCUGAGCUGAGCGCUUGCUUCUCUAGACUUCUGGAUCCUCAGAACACAAAUUCUCCACUCACCCAUGGCUGCCUGGACUCUCUGGCAAGCACAGCAGACAUCUGCCAAGCCAAACAGGCACAAAACCACUCUGGCACCACCAUGCCCACUUUGGAAUGCUGUCAUGAAGAUAUGUGCAAUUACAGAGGGCUGCAUGAUGUACUCUCUCUUCCCAAGGGGGAGGCCUCAGGACAAGGGAACCGGUAUCAGCACGACAGUAGCAGAAACCUCAUCACCAAAGUGCAGGAGCUGACUUCUUCCAAAGAGUUGUGGUUCCGGGCCGCCGUGAUUGCCGUUCCCAUCGCCGGAGGGCUGAUUUUAGUGUUGCUUAUUAUGUUGGCCUUGAGGAUGCUUCGAAGUGAAAACAAGAGACUGCAGGACCAGCGGCAGCAGAUGCUCUCCCGUUUGCACUACAGCUUUCACGGACACCAUUCCAAAAAGGGGCAGGUUGCAAAAUUGGACUUGGAAUGCAUGGUGCCAGUGAGUGGGCAUGAGAACUGCUGUCUGACCUGUGACAAAAUGAGACAAGCAGACCUCAGCAACGACAAGAUCCUCUCGCUUGUUCACUGGGGCAUGUAUAGUGGGCACGGGAAGCUGGAAUUCGUAUGACCUCGUCUUAUCUGAACCGAGCUUCUUGGAUGCUUGAAGGCCUUUGAGUUCUGCUGGACAGGAGCACUUUAUCUGAAGAAAAACAAACUCAUGUGAUCAUCUUUGAGAGACAAAAUGACCUCUGCAAACAGAAUCUUGGAUGUUUCUUCUGAAGGAUUAUUUGCACAGACUUACAUACAGUCAAAUGUAUUAUUUGCUUUGAAAUUAUAAAAAGCAAAGAGAAGACUAUGUACACACACUGUUACCAGGGUGAUUUGCAUCUGAGGGAGCUGGAAUGAGUACCUAAAUAAACCAAAAUGUGCUCUAUGUAAGCUCCUACAUCUUGAUUUAUUGUAAAGAUUUAAAUAUAUAUAUAUAUUUUGUCUGAAAUUUAGCAGUGUCUUGUCAUAAAUUAAAAACUAAGUGGGAAGUAAGAAACUACAUGUUAAUUAUACACAUGAAGAUCUGUUGCUCAUAGUAGGAUCUAACUAUAGGUUUUGGCCUGAUUUUUUCUUUUCUUUCUUUUUUUUUUUUUUUUUAAAAAAACAAGACCAAGAUCUUGUUUAUUCUUACAUGCUCAUGUAUAAUUUUUUUACAGCAUGUAGAAUUUCUAAAUGUACUGCCCAUCCUUCAGUGUCUUACCCACAUUUUUUGUUCGGACCAUUUUGGUUUUUAGCUUUCAUCUAAGAGAAAUCUUAAGCGUAUUUAUACCAGGUCAGAUAUCGAUCAGUUUCUGAAGUUGCCUUAACAAAAGUACUGUUAUUUAUCAAUUUGAUCCAGUUGCUCUGGAAUACUUUUUUAAAUGUGUCUACCUCCAACCAGUAAAAAAACCCCUACUAAACGAAACUUUUUUUUGUUGUUAAAGUUAGUCACUGUCUUCUACUAUUUACUCUGUCUCAAACCAAGUUAGCUACACUUUACUGUACCAUGCUCCCAGUUUUCACAACUUCCUUCAACACAGUGUUCUAUUAACAUUAUAUUUUACUUUUUACUUCUCAAUUUUUAGAAGGUUUAUAAUUGUGAACAUUAUAUAUUAACAGAUUUAAAUAACACAAUGCUACUAGUUUACCUCCCCCAAAUGAUCCUUUUAUUAACAUAACCAAAUAGAACAUUGACUUUAGCCACUAACCCGUUCCCAUUCCUGUAAAACCUUGUCUGCAACUCUGCCCAGCCUGAAUUUAAACCCAUGCCACAUUUGUGUACUUUUCCCUCCAGAAUGGGUCUUUUAUUAUCUUAAAUAUGACAAUAAUUUGUCAUAUAGGGUUUUUUCCCUUCAUUCUUUUGUAUAUUUGAAACUUUAGCUUAAAAAUUAACCUCUAGCCUGCAUAUAUGAGUAUGAAGUUUUCUUUUAUGAGUGUUAAAGGAUUUUGAAAAAAAGAUUUUCUGCAAUUUUUUAUAAGAAUAAUUUGGAUCCCUUAGAUGCAGUAGCCCAAUUCAUGGAAGAAAUGGAAUUGAAAGGACUAGUUUGAAAAUGAAUACCUAGAUUAUUUAAUAAUCAAAAGGCCACUGCCCCAAACAAAUUAGGCUAUGGAAUAAAUACACAUUUUAAUAAAUGA